UCAAAAAAUAAGUGAAACUGAAGGACACUGACAUGUAGCGGUGCUUUGUCAGUUUGGCAGCUGGUCAGAGUACGUCAAACUAGUGACGGCAAGGUGACAGAGGUGGGUGAAAGACGACCCUGUCGCGUCGAAGAGUGCUUUUUUCGUGGAAAAAGGAGUUUUCCGGGGGAUUCAUCCGGGUGUUAUGAAAGCGGAAACGAAAGAUGCAGUAUAAAGUAAACGGGCGGGCGAGCCGGCAGCAAAAUUCUCGUGUGCUGCCUUUCCCCACCACCGCGAUGUCGUAAGCCACAGGUCAUUCACCUCGCACUCAGUCCCGGCGAACACAGCUACGUACUCGCAACUCUUCAUGUGCACGGUGUCCUUAUUUUUCACAUAGUACUUAGCUGAUAAGGCUGUCCGAGCAUGCCCUAGAACACCCUCUGGAUACGAAAAACACUAAUUACCCAAAUAGGCGAGCUGGCGAGCGAGUGUCGCGACGGCCCGCGUGACCAUCGGUGGCAUUGUGCAUGAAAAGUGAACUGGCGGACUUUCGUUUAUUUUGGCUUUUCGCGUAAAUAACAAUGUUUAUGUUUGGGCCGGCACCACGAGCCAGUGCUUAGUGGUCGGGGUGUGGUGUGACUCGUAAAAAGGGGGGCUGCGAGAACACCAUGAGAACUGGAUAAACGGGCAACGAUUGCCGAGACGCUGGAGCCCAAGCAAUGACUGGAUCAAAAUCAACCUCAUCUGUUAUCUGGCCCGGAUAAAGUGCCUCGAUUAUUGCAAAAAAAUGAAUUAUGACCCUUACGCGUACCCCGUGUGAGCUCGACAAGAUGAGCCUUUUCCAAGAUCUGAAAUUGAAAAGGAGAAAGGUUGACUCAAGAUGCAGCAGUGACGGCGAAUCGGUCGCCGAUACCAGCACGUCUUCGCCAGAUCUCAUCAUUCCAUCAUCGCCGAAAAUGUCGGACGGCACCCUUAACAACCCGCCCAGUCCGGACUCGACGCCCAAUCAGCAGCUGAUCAAGCCGGAACCCACGCUGGACAAGGUCUCGAACCGGCUGGAAGAUUCCGGGGUGUUCGAUGGAGGCGGCACGACCGGAUCGGCCAACUCUGGAGCGACGGCCAGCGUGAUCCGGAGCCUGCGGAGCCAGAGCCCGCCAGCCCUAAGGCCGGCGCCCCCUUUCAGUCCAUCGCAGCCGCCAAGGCCGCACAGUUCCCCGGGGCGACCGGCUAAUACCAGUCCUGUGAUCAAACAUGCGCCUCUCUUGCUUCACCCGACCACGCCCAGUCCGCCUAGGAACCUGACACCGACCAUGCCGAUGGGCUGCGAGUCGCCCUCCAAUCCCAAUUUGCCAUUCAUGCAGUCGCGGCAACGGGGCGUCAUAAUCAGCCAACCGCAGGCCUCGCUGGUUCAGAGCCAGCUGUGGCUGAAACAUCAGCGCAUCAACGGAGUGAAGCCGGAGCUGAUAGGGGGCAGCUUUGGAGCCACGUCGCCUACGCAUGUUCCAGACUUGCGCUCCCCAAGCAGCCCCAUGCCUAGGACGACCACCAGCAUGCCAGUCAGGCAAACACCCACAGUGAUAAUGGGUGAGGCUGGAGGAGUGAGGACGAUGAUCUGGUCCCAGCCCACGCUCUGCACCACACCCACGUCUCCUACCGGAGUGGAUCCGCCCCUGUUUCCCACCACCUCCAGCUGGCCCGCGGCGGGCAGCCCCAUUUCGAACCCUGAGGAAAGCGCUGCGCAAAUGCUGCUCAACCUGGGGCAGGAUAAUCGGUUGGGGCGAAUCCCAGUCAGCAGGUCCAUGCAGUCCCCGUCUCAAUCGAUCCCCAACCUCUCCACCGCGCCGCUGAACAUGGAGAGGCUGUGGGAGGGCGACCUGCGGCAAAUCCCGCUAACGCAGCAGACGCAAGCCCUAAAUCUCACCUCGCCCACGGGGCUGACGCCUCAGAAUCUGUUCCCGGGCGGUUCGAAUCUGCGGCUGAUGGGGUUGGGGCUGGGCGAGCCCAGUGCUAGCAACGAGCCCCCCGAGCAGGGCGAGGAGGAGGAGCAGCCUAUGAUCUGCAUGAUUUGCGAGGACAAGGCGACGGGGCUCCACUAUGGCAUCAUAACGUGUGAAGGGUGCAAAGGGUUCUUUAAACGGACGGUUCAGAACCGAAGAGUGUACACGUGUGUGGCAGAUGGUAACUGUGAAAUCACGAAGGCGCAGCGAAACCGGUGCCAGUACUGUCGAUUCAAGAAAUGCAUCGAGCAGGGGAUGGUCUUGCAAGCUGUUCGAGAGGAUCGAAUGCCCGGAGGUCGGAACAGCGGCGCUGUAUACAAUCUCUACAAAGUCAAGUAUAAAAAGCACAAAAAGCCGAGCAAAGCGGUGACAAAAAACCAGGAAAAGAGCAUGCAGCAGUUCAAGGAGCAGCAGCAACAGCAACAACAGCAGCAGCAGCAACAGCAGCAGCAGCUACAGCCUGCAGGAAUUCCGCCGAAUCUAGUGAACGGUACCAUUCUGAAGACAGCUCUGACCAAUCCGAGCGAGGUGAUUCGGCUGCGCCAGCGCCUGGACAGCGCCGUGUCCAGCUCGCGGGACAGAACGUUUUCGGUGGAAUACGCUCUGUCGAUGAUCAAGACCCUGAUCGACUGUGAUGAGUUUCAGGAUAUUGCGACCUUGCGGAACCUGGACGAACUUCUGGAUCAUAAUACGGAUCUGAGCGAGAAGCUGUGUAAUAUUGGGGACUCGAUUGUGUACAAAUUGGUGCAAUGGACUAAGAGGCUGCCCUUCUACUUGGAGCUACCGGUCGAAGUCCAUACGCGGUUGCUGACACACAAAUGGCAUGAACUGUUGGUGCUUACCACUUCGGCUUACCAGGCCAUCCAGAAGGCGGCCAGCGAACAACAGCUGCAAACCUCCUCCACAAUGAUAGAGCCGGACUUUAGCCAAGAGGUGGAAACGAAUUUGUGCACCUUGCAGAACUGUCUCACAUCGAUGAUGGGUCGAGAGAUCACGAUAGAGCAGCUGCGCCAAGACGUGGGGCUGAUGAUUGAGAAGAUUACGCAUGUUACGCUCAUGUUUCGUCAGAUCAAACUCACUAUGGAGGAGUACGUGUGCCUUAAAGUUAUCACCAUGCUGAACCAAGCAAAACCUGCAAGUGGUGCAAGUACUGGUGAAUUGGAUACCAUCCAUGAGCGUUACAUGACCUGCCUGCGUGUCUACACUCAGCACAUGUAUCCCCAACAAGCGACCAGAUUUCAAGACUUACUAGUUAGAUUACCAGAGAUACAGUCUGCAGCAUCCCUACUUUUAGAAAGUAAGAUGUUCUACGUUCCUUUUUUACUAAAUUCCGCGAUUCAACGGUAGUAGUGCGCCUCUGCUGCUGCGUUUUAGGUGAAUUAAUUCGAAACUGAUGAAAAAAGACCGUAAACGUCGAUAAUGUACAUAAAUAAAAAAAUCGUUUAUAACUAUUUCAGAUGGGAAAAAACUGCCGGAUAUAUGUAUGUUAUGAAAAUAUUUUUUUCUAUUCGUAUCGAUGUUCGAUUCUAAUCAGUAUAUGACCCUUGUUGUCAUUUCAUGCUAGCAUCUCCUGCGGCUGUAGAUUUCCUGCCACACUCCACCUGUGUUGUUUUGAGCGGUUUUAUGGUGGGAAAUUUACGUUCCGAUCAUUUAGUGUAAGUGGGCGCUCGCAAUUGGACCCAUUUGUAAAGACUUGCAUUCUCAUGCACUUGACUUACCCUAGUUUAACUUUGAAGAAUUUUUCGUUUUCCCCACGCAAUUCCGAUUAAACUUUACCGAGUUAUCAAAUCAGGGUGGCCAAGAAUCCCGAUUGUUGGCUCAGCAAUAGUACUUUGUAUAAUGCAUUAAAAAACCCCGCGUAUCAGACAUCUGAAUCCAUGAAGUACAAAAGCGCAUUGCCAGUCGAUUUUAAUCGGCAUCUAUGAAUAUUUUCAUUGAGUUUUCUUGGCGAGAAAAAUUCUUCAAAGGUGUUGGUUUUGAGCAAGGUCUCCCUUUGAAAGCCCGGUUGUAUUCUUAAACUGUUUCCGUUUCGCAAGGAGUCAAUAGAAGCUUGCCUAAAUGACUUACCGGCAAGACCCUGCUCGAUUGCGAACUCUCGCAUUAAGCUGGGUAAAAAAAUAAGGAAAUUCCUUUUGACGCGAAGGUUAUCUGCGGAUUUCCGUUACAUAAGUCUGAGUAAGUUGCCUUGUUUAUGUGAGAAAUGGCAUUGUAGUCGGCUAGCUUACCAUUUUUACGAUUAAGUUACAUCACACAAUGUCCAGCUUUCGCGCCUCAUCCAAUCAAUAUUAAAUUACUCAAACACUGCCACACUCAAAGUCUGAUUUUCACCGUUCACUGCCCCAAUCUCUGACUAGUUGAUUCUAUACCCAGAAAUCGAAAGAAAUCUCAUUGUAAAGCUACAAUGCCAUUGGUCUUACAUCGAAAAUUACCUUAUAAGCAUAUAUAUUUA